AACAUAAUUUAAAAAGAUAUGACUAUAUGGUAAUUAAGCGUAAAUAUUUCAACCCAUAAAUGCACAUAGUCUAAUGCCUAGCGUGGCGCAGGCAUGAACCACAGUUUUUCCCCUUUCUGAAAUAAAAAAUCGAGGGAGGAAUAAUGAGAUCUGACCGGUCUGAGAGAACAGUCUGUGUGAAAGGAAAAGUGGGAUUGGAGGAGUGAGUGACGUUAUCUGCUGGAAAGGGAGGGAGUAAAAAGAAACGCCAUUAGCAAAAGCCCGAGGAGACAGUUUGGGAUACUUAACUUGGGGGUAGUUCUCUGGGAUUUUCCUCCAGCAUACGAAGUAGCUACAUGAUAUACAGGAGAAGAAUAACGAAACAUUAAAGCGUAGGAACUACGAACGGAUUUCUUGGUGUUGGGUUUUGUCUGAGAAGGAUGGCGCUGGACGGUAUACGAAUGCCUGAUGGCUGCUAUGCUGACGGGACUUGGGAAUUGAAGAUGCACGUGACCGACCUCCAUAGGGACGUGUCGCUGCGGGUGACCGGCGAAAUUCACAUCGGCGGGGUCAUGCUGAAACUCGUAGAAAAACUCGAUGUGAAGAAGGACUGGUCGGACCACGCCCUGUGGUGGGAGAAGAAGAAGACCUGGCUGCUGAAGACGCACUGGACGCUGGACAAGUACGGCAUCCAGGCGGACGCCCGGCUCCUCUUCACCCCCCAACACAAGCUGCUGCGCCUGCAGCUGCCCAACAUGAAGCACAUGAAGGUCAAGGUCAACUUCUCCGACCGCGUCUUCAAGGCCGUGUCCGACAUCUGCAAGACCUUCAAUAUCCGUCACCCCGAGGAACUGUCCCUACUCCGCAAACCACGGGACCCCAAAAAGAAGAAGAAGAAGCUGGAGGACGCGGAGGAAGAGGAGGCCCUGGAAAUGGAGGGGCCUCUGCUCACCCCUGGAUCAGCCUCUGAGGUUAUAUACAUCGGACCUGUCAAAGGGAGCAUCUACUCCAGCCCCGGGCUCUACAGCAAAACCAUGACCCCCACCUACGACUCUCGCGACGGGAGUCCCCUGUCCCCCACCUCGGCCUGGUUCGGGGACAGCCCCCUGUCCGAGGGCAAUCCCAGCAUCCUCGCCGUCAGCCAGCCAAUCUCCAGCCCUGACAUCCUGGUCAAACUCUACAAGCCUCAGAGCCUCCUGGAUAAGGCCAAGAUCAACCAGGGGUGGCUGGACUCCUCCAGAUCUCUGAUGGAGCAGGACGUGAAGGAGAACGAGGUGCUGCUCCUGCGGUUCAAAUAUCACAGCUUCUUCGACCUCAACCCCAAGUAUGACGCCAUCCGGGUGAACCAGCUCUACGAGCAGGCCAAGUGGGCCAUCCUGCUGGAGGAGAUCGAGUGCACCGAGGAGGAGAUGAUGAUGUUCGCCGCCCUGCAGUACCACAUCAACAAGCUGUCCAUCAUGUCGUCGGACAACCACAUGAACAACAGCGAGAAGGAGGUGGACGAGGUGGACGCCGCCCUCUCCGACCUGGAGAUCACUCUGGAGGGAGGGAAGACCUCCAACACGCUGGGUGACAUCACGUCCAUUCCGGAACUUGCUGACUAUGUGAAAGUAUUCAAGCCAAAGAAACUGACGCUAAAGGGCUAUAAACAGUACUGGUGCACGUUCAAGGACAUCACGAUUUCCUGCUACAAGAGCAAAGAGGAAGCCCACGGGACACCUGCCCACCAAAUGAAUCUGAGAGGUUGUGAGGUGACACCAGACGUCAACAUCUCCGGUCAGAAAUUCAACAUCAAGUUGCUAAUCCCUGUGGCCGAGGGCAUGAACGAGAUCUGGCUGCGGUGUGACAUGGAGAAGCAGUACGCCCACUGGAUGGCGGCCUGCCGCCUGGCCUCCAAGGGGAAGACCAUGGCGGACAGCUCCUACAACCUGGAGGUGCAGAACAUCCUGUCCUUCCUCAAGAUGCAGCACAUGAACCCCGACCCGCCCUUCAUCGCCGAGCCCAUCAACACCGACAUCAACCCCGAGUGCCUGGUGUCGCCGCGGUACCUCAAGAAGUACAAGAACAAACAGGUACCUGCGGGGGGGGGGGUAAUCACUGCCCGGAUCCUGGAGGCCCACCAGAACGUGGCCCAGAUGAGCCUGAUCGAGGCCAAGAUGCGCUUCAUCCAGGCCUGGCAGUCGCUGCCAGAAUUUGGGAUCACACACUUCCUGGCCAAGUUCCACGGUGUGAAGAGGGAAGAGCUGAUCGGGAUCACCUACAACAGGCUGAUCCGCAUGGACCCCGGCACCGGCGACGCCAUCAAGACCUGGCGCUUCAGCAACAUGAAGCAGUGGAACGUCAACUGGGAGAUAAAGAUGGUGACGGUGGAGUUCGCCGACGAGCCCAGCAUCUCCUUCGUCUGCGCAGAGGUGGACUGCAAGGUGGUGCACGAGUUCAUCGGGGGCUACAUCUUCCUGUCCACGCGGGCCAAGGACCAGAACGAGAGUCUGGACGAGGAGAUGUUCUACAAGCUGACCAGCGGCUGGAUCUGACCCGCUCUCCAGCGGGUGGAAACCGGGGUUCGGGGGGGAGGGGGGCGGGUUGGGGGUGGGGUGCUAGGGUAAAGGUUUAUUUUUAUUUUUUUCUAACAGUGUCAGGAGUUCGACAGGUUCAUGCCGUUUUUGUUCAAACAUGAAUCCUUUUGCGUUUAUGCUGACCAAUGCAUUUCUGACACUGAUUAUUUGCUGAUGCGGUCCAGGCAAUCUGGAGAACUUGGGGAGGGGAGAGGGGGGCCCCCACGCCUUUCCGUUGUUCCGCCUCCAACCUGCAGCAGGUCGCCGCCCCUUAUUUUCCCAGAACCCCCUCCUGCUGUGAUGCAGUAUAUGCAGUAAGGGAGGCAGCUGCACUGAGCAGCGUUCUCUCCUCCAUGCAGCAGACUCGCAUGCAUGUCUCUCAUGCGUUUCCCACAACCCCCCUUUCCUCACGGUCCCUCUCCAUCCCAUCAUGCACCUGUGCUCUUCUUCCUGUUUGCCUAUAAGCUCAUACCUAUCUAUUUUUUUUCAUGAGUUUUAAUAAUCCCCCUUGAUCAUGUUUAUAGCCAACAAAAAAAAAAACAAAUCCAGCUUUGCUUACUAAGAAAAAUUAAGCUAUUUAUUGUUAACUUUUGCAUUCUUUGUCAGGCGGUUCUGGUGCGCCCAUAAGGAUGCGCUGGCGACUUGACUGUGCCUCUGGUCUGUUUAUAUUGUCUGUGGUGAGCAGCUGUCCAGCCGUGUAUUGAAAGCAGUUCGGAGUGAUUUCCUCUAACAGACUUUGCAGUCAAAGUCAGAAUAAACACAGGUGGUCUGCUCCCUUGUCAGUCCAGUGUAAUGCAUAGCUCAGUUCGGUCACGUAAAGUCUGCGUAAUGAUAGUUUUCAUCGGCACAAAAAAAAUCAGCCGCAGUUUUAGUCAGAAUGGAAAUAUUCUGCCGUGGUGAUGUGGGGAGGAGCACAGACACGCUCAAAGGCCUCUUUCAGGCUGGCUUAUGAUGAAGGAUUGUUUGUUUUGUUUUUUCUCCUAUCUAUAUGAAGUAACACCUAAGCACUUCCACAAUGCAAUGAAGUCCCUAUACGUAUAAGCUGUUUUAAGUUCCUCUUAUAGCAAUGCCCUCUCUUUUUUUUAAUUUAGCCUAGUCAGGCUCAACACUAAAAGAAAAUAAGAGUAUGUAAAAAGGUAGCUGCCGUGGGCUUCGCGUUAGCCUGGCAGACGCCUGCAUUUCCCCUAGCCGGCAGCCUGAGCUGGUCGCCAUGGUAGCAUAUCAGAAGAUACAAGGCUGAGUUCCCGCUACUCUUCUAAUGGUUUAACAUGUCACUUUUCUGGAGAACUUCUGGUUUUCCAGUCUUUCCUCCUCCUGGGGUCAGGGGUGUCGGAGACGCCCCGCCUGGCUUCUUCCUGGGGCCCCUUCAGACCCUCUCUGGGGGUUUUCGGGGUUCCGGGAGGGGGGAGGGGGUCACGCACCCCUCUCUUCAGUGAUAUCCACACGUGUCCAAAGUUUAGAGGGACAGCCAAGGCUCAGCCAUGAAUUAGACGCCGGCUCGUAGUGUGUGUUUUUUGGAUCAUGAAGGAUUUUCUGUGAAGGUGUAUCCUCUUGUUUUUUUUUUGGCCCGCUCGCUUUUUCAUAUCGCGAUUCUUAAUCUUACACCAUAUAGUAUUAUUCAAUGCCAUGAUAUUAUUACGCACCAGCAAUAGGUCACCAGUUUUAAGAAUAAAUAUGCAAAGUCCAUUUUUCCUGAGUAUGAAGGAAGGCUAAAUGAAGUAUUAGUUUUUUGUAACUAAUGUAAAAACACAAGUUUUAUAGAAUUGUACAGUUUUUGUUUCUUUUGUCAGUCUUUUUCUGGUUUUGGAAAUGUUUACUCCAAAAAAAGGAAAGGAUAAAAAAAAGCCAUCUGUUGACUAUGUGAAGUAUGAAGAUUUGUGCCUGCCAAUGUUAAGGUCUUAGCAAGUUUUUAAGAUUUAAAUAUAUAUGAAUAUAUGUACAAAAAAAAAAAAAAACACUAGUCUCAAACUCUAGGUCAGAGAGAGAGGGGAGGAGAGAGAGAACAGCCGCACCUCUGUAUUUUAACCUUAAAAACUGUUGCCAAGGGCUUGUGUAUCAUCACUUCUGUUUUCCUCUUUUCUCUCAGCUCUGUGAAGCUCCAGCGAUGCUCUGUGUUUUGGCUGUGCAUGCUGAGGCCUCAGUCUGGUUUUAUAAUCCUCUUGCACAUGCGAUAAGUCUGUCCUUUUCCCCCCCAUUUCUUCUUUAAUUUCAUGUCACCUUAAGUUGGAUAUUUGUGACUUUUUGGAUUUAUUAUUAUUUUUUUUUUACAGAAUUGGAAUUAUUUGAGCAUUGCUCUGUGCUAUUAUAAAGAAUUGUGCUAAUAUGAAAGAGGAUCUUUUAAACCGCUGGAGUUUGAGACAAAUUGCCGUUAAUAAACUGAAGUUAGAAAAAAAGCAAGCUUAUCCUGUUUUGUUUUCCUGUAACUUUUUUUUUGUUUGUCAGUGCAUGGCCUGCUGUUUUUCGACUGUAAAAAAUGCAUUUAUUUUAAAAAAUAAAAAUCAUUUUUAUUUAAA